ACUUCACCAUCACAGUCCAAAGGCAGCGGCAGCACAGCUCCAAAACCCUCAACUUCCAAAUCACCAUCAUGAAGCUGGUCAUCCUCCUCACCCUGGUGGCUGCUGCCGCUGCCAGCUUCUCCCCCUACUACUACUACAAAAACAACUACUACUACCCUUACCACCGGGGUGGCUUCCGUGCCCUGAGCGGCCUCGGUGGUCUGAACAGCUUCGGUGGACUGAACAGCUUCAGUGGUCUAAACAGCUUCGGUGGACUGAGCGCCUUCGGUGGCCUGAAUGGCUUUGGCAAUGGCUUCGGAAACUUCGGCAGCUUCGGCCAUGGAUUCAACAGCAACUUCGGCCACGGAUUCAGCGGAAACUUUGGCCACGGCUUUGGUGGAGUCAGCAGUGCCUUCGGCCUUGGACUCGGCAGCAACUUCGGCCUUGGACUCGGCAGCAGCUUCGGCCUUGGUCUCGGCGGCAACUUCGGCCUUGGACUCGGCAGCAACUUCGGCCACGGAUUCAGCAGCAACUUCGGCCACAGUUUUAAUGCAUUCGGCAGCAACUUCGGCCUUGGCCUCGGCGGCAACUUUGGCGGCAGGGGAAGGUACGGAUGCCCCUACGGAUACUACUGCUAAUCGGUAUAUUUGGAUGAGCACGUCACAAUAUCCUCCUCUUGCAUUGCCGGCUGACCGUAUUCGCUUCAGUGUCUUGCAGUGUCCUCUGUGCGACUGGGUGAACUGAGAAUGUCUGUGUGUUUGUCCUUUUUCAGCAAAUAAAACAUAUUUAAUU